AUGGCGGGACGUCUGCUCCUCCGAGCCUGUACGACUACAGCAUUACAGCUCAGAAGAAAUAGGGUGGCAAGACCACUACACCGUGCUAUGGCCUCAGUUGGAGGCAUACCGACUGAUGAGGAACAGGCCACCGGGCUGGAGCGACGCACCCUCCAAGCCCUCAAACAGGGAAAGGAUCCCUACAGCAUACUAAAGCCCCAACACUAUGCUGGUACCAGGGACGACCCUCAUAUUGUGCCAAGCAUUUCAAAUAAGAGGCUGGUGGGCUGUCUCUGUGAGGAGGACAACACUGCUAUUGUGUGGUUCUGGCUUCACGAGGGAGAUGCCCAGCGCUGUCCUUCCUGUGGUUCCCAUUACAAGCUGGUCCAUCAUGACCUCCCCCACUGA